AUGACCCUGUGUCCCUUCAUUCGAGGGAGCUGUCUCGCUGCUCGUUCGAUCGACGUUCCUGCUCUCCGCAUCUCCGCCCGUCGUGAAGCAAAUCUGCAGGGAGUGUCGGCAGAAGCUAUGGAGCAGCAGGGCAUCCUCGUCUACGGUGCCACAGGCACCACUGGCACGCUCAUAGCUCAGAAGAUCAAGGAGGUGGGCCUUCCAGCCACUCUCGCCGGGAGAAAUCUGCAGAAGCUACAGUCGAUUGGCAAGGCAGUGGACCUGCCCGUAGCAGCGGUGGACUUGAACGAUACGCAAGGACUGGUGGAGCUGGUGGGGAAGCACAAGGUGGUGCUGCACGUGGCUGGGCCCUUUACAAUCACGUCCAAGCCCAUGAUUGAGGCGUGCAUCAGCGCUGGCACCCACUACCUCGAUGUCACUGGGGAGUUCAAGGUGAUGGAGCAUGCACGCACAUACGAUGCCACAGCCAAGGAAAAGGGCAUCAUGAUUCUCCCUGCUGUCGGCUUUGACGUUAUUCCGGGAGACUGCCUGGCAGGGUACCUCAAGGCUAAGCUGCCUUCAGCAACGGAGCUUCACCUCGCCACUUUCUUUUCCACCACUGCUCCUGGCGAGGACCCUCUGUCCAAACCACCCAACGCCCUGCCAUCCCACGGCACGCUGAUCUCGGGCGCCAAGCACAUUCUGCCCAUUGGAGGGCUGGUGCGCAGGAAUGGAGCUAUUGUGAAGGAGGCUAUUGCGAAAUAUGGUCGCUCCUUCCUCAUUCGCAAGGAGCUUCCGCCUCUCUCCACCAUGUCCUUCCCAGCAGCUGAGCUCUUCAGCACCUCCCUCUCCACCUCCAUCCCCAACAUCACCGUCUACGUGCCAGGUAAAUCCUCCUGGAUAACGUCACUGUUCAUCCGCAUCAUUCAGUUCGCCGCCCGGGUCUGGCCCUUCACCGUCCUCCUCGAGAAAGCCAUCCGAAUGCUGCCCACCCCAGACACCACCCCGGGUCACAGGGUUAACACGGGCAUGGCAUGUGCGGGGGAGGUGGUAGACACGGCCAGCAACAAGAGGCACAGGGCCUCUGUGAUUGUCGGCGAAGGUGAGUCAGAGCAGUGGUGA